UGGUCAUUAAAGGCUCCAGGCCCGUCCUGGAGCUCUCAUUGGUUUCCUAAGGGCUCAGGCCGGGACAGCAGGCUAAUUUUAGUGCUCUGUGAGGGGAUGGAUUAGUGAGCCUGUGGUGUUCAGCGCUAAACACAGGCCUCCUGAAAAACAGGAGAAAUGAAGGAGCUGAGUUAGUGGGUUGAGGGUAGGAUGGCUCAGACGUCUGGUAGCCCACAGGAGGGACAAAGUGGUGCUGAGGCAAACAAGAACGGGCAAGCAGAUCCUCAUACUGCAGAUGGAGCAGAGCAGUCUGCUGUGACUGACAGCUCUGAGCCCCCAGCCACCGACGAUGAGCAGAGAAAGCCAGAGGUCUGUCCAGAAGUACUUGCUGAGGAGUACCUCUCAAGGGACAAAUAUGAUGGGUCUCGAAACAAUGGUCCAUUCACAAAGUCCCUUCAAAAGGCAGAGGCUCUGUUUCGGAUCCGCUUUAACCCCAGCCUUAAGUGGCUCCUGAGACAAAAGAGUGAAGAUAGCUGCUGGGACUAUGAAAACGAAGAUAACUUUGUGGCAUGCCAGAAUCUCACGUCCCGCUCUUCGAUGCGCCUCCAACGCCUUGAGCAAAAUUUGCUGAGCCUUAGUUCUCAAUGCCGUGUACUUCGUGGGUUGGGAGGCUGCUUGCGAGGAUGCAUUACGGGACUCUCGACUUCAACUGAGGCAGACUUUUACCACCAUCCUCAGGCAGCAGACUUCAGCCAGCACUAUGGACAGCUUCAGCAGCUUCUAGAACAACGGGCCCAACUCCUCUUCCUCCAUGAGUACGGCCGCCGGUGUCGCGUUGCCAGCUGCUUUGUGACACGGCUGGGUGAUGUUCUGGAGAAAGCUCGUCUCUUGCUGGCUGGAGAUCAAGCUGUAGAGCAGCCCAGCUCUCCCUGGAACCUGGGCCUUCGAGCUAUGUGUGAGGAAUUACAGCUUCAUGUAAGCCAUUGGGACCUUCUAUGUGCCAGAGCACGCUCUGACCCCUCCUUGCGACCUGUUCUUUACAGUCGCACAGAAAUGCUAGGCUCCAUGCGGAGAGCCCUGUGGUUGCUGGGACUUCAGGCCGUCCUGCUGAUUGAGCAGUGCAUCCACACAACCCUCUUAGCCCUGGCGGCCGCCCAGCUGGGGCGCGUACCCAGAGAUGCCUUAGAGGACUUGCUGGCUGCUGUAGAACUCUAUAACCAUAUUGUGGGAUACCAAAGGUCCCAGCAAAGAGCUGCAGCCUGGAGCUCACAGAUGUUGUUCCGUGCUGACUGGUCUCAAAUCAGGUCAUGCUUGCCCAGGAAAAGUUCCAGACCUGCCCCAUUCCCCGUGGUCCAGCUGAUGACCAUUCUGGCCCAGAGACGAGCGCAGAUUGCAGCACAGCAGCUUUAUGACUGGACCGGUCAACAGACUGACCUUAUUUCUCUUGCAGGGCAACCCAGCACUGAGUGGACACACUUGGGACCCCCUGAUGCCCUUACUCCUACUCCUAUAGCUGAGAGUUCACCUGACAUGAUUCCAGACCAGCCCUCAAAAAAGCCACUCCAUGGUUUCUGGUCCUCCAAUCUGCCCUUCUCCUUGUUUGUUCGUCGUGAUAGAGAGUAUCUAGAAAUCCUUUUUCAAGUCUUAGUGUCCUCAACAGACCUUUUAGCACCACACAUUCCCAAAAGGCCUCCGUUGGACAGAGUUGACACUACAGAAGGUGCGUUGGAGAGGAACCUUAGAGCCAGUGAAGGAGAAGAGGAAAGACUUCUAAACAGACCCAGAUUGGCCUCCAGUAGGCAUAAGGCUAUUCAGUGGAUGGACCUGAGCAAAUCUGAUGCAUGUGUAGAGCUUUUCUCACAAUACAGGGACAUGCUGUGGAAGGAAUUUGAUAGAACUGUUAUCUAUUACUUUUAUUAUCAGUCUCACAACACCAUUCUGGGUGGAGUGAGCCAGUGGAAUUAUCAGAUGGUGUUCCUCUUGGUCAGAUGGCUAAAGCAUGCUUGUAAAGAAGAACUCAUUCCAGCAGAAUGCAAAGAGGUCUUGAAUAAAUUCUGCUCCCACCUUUUAUCUACUGCUGCCUUUAUGUGUUGGGAUAAAAUCAUGUGUGCCUCACUGGGUUUGGGGCUGAAUGACAAAUGUUUACCUAGACCUGUGCUGGAAAACUCUGCUGUGAGGACUAUCACCAUGGACUUAACACUGCAGCUGUUCCCUCCACUACUCUCUGUGCUUCAGCUACUCCAUAGUCCAGACACGGACUCAGGUGGAAAGCAAACCUCGAGCCAUCAUUUGGGGCUGUUGCAGAGGGCUGUAGCCACUGUCCAAUCCUCUACAUUCUGGGUUAUGAGUAAAGCCUACCAAUUUCUAGCCUCUUGGUCUCUCAAUAAGUUUCUGCUGGUCACACAAGGAGACCUUAAGGUUCUCAGGGCAACUGUGGAGAGCCUUUCCCAGCAGCUGGAAGCUGUGGGUGCAGGUGUUGAACAUCCUCUCAUUGUGCAGCACAGACUCCAGCUAACUCGGGCAGUCUCGCAGUUACAGGCCUUCUCUGAGCUUGUCCUGAGGAUCUUUUCAAUGGACUGCAAAAAAAUGUCAGUAGAGAUAUUUGAGCAAACAAUGCCAUCAGCAAAACACUGGAGAGUCAACUACAAAGCAGAAUUACCCAGCAGCCCAAGUGAUUAUGCAGCCUCUGCAGCUCAAAGUGUGAUUGGCCAAGUAUUAGAAGGAGUGCAGCCUCUACCAGAUGAGGCUCGUAUUCCCGCCCUGGCAGAGGCCAUGACUGCCUUUAUGGAGGCCUGGAUGGAGCACAUCCUCAAACAGAAAAUUAAGUUCAGUAUCCAGGGAGCUCUGCAGCUGAAGCAGGAUUUCGACCUGAUCCGAGACUUGAUUCGCUCUGAGGAGUACAGCCUCCCAGAGGAGCUACACCACAGACUCUUGUCUCUACGUGUCUUUCACCAAGUGGACAGUGCUAUAGUGUGCCUGCUACAGCAGCCCAUGGCCAAACCGUACGUUCUCUCUCGAGGAUGGGAUCCCUUCAGACGCUGCUGUCCAAAAAGAGGCCAGGUGGUGGACCAGGCAGCUGGUAGCCUCAAUAACCUGGAAACUAUGGACAUCCAGCCAGCAAGCCACCAGGCCUUGACCCAGGCGGAAGGCUCUGUGACCCCAGAGCUACUCUCCUCAGCUCCACCAGAGUCCUACUUGGCUGUGGCCCAACAGGAGUGGCUGGACCUGCGUAUCCACAGCGGCUCUCGCUGGAAAUUUCCUGGCUUGCAGUGCUUCACUAAAUCGGAGUCCUAAAUCCCAAAGCCUUUUGGAUUAGUAUUAAGUCGUCCAGCCAACGUUGGGGACGAGAAUGUGGAACUGAUGUUAACCUACUGUGAAAUUUACAUUGAACUAGAAAUGCCUGUAAAAGCACAUUUACGAACAUAAACAGCAUUUCUGUAUUAAUAUGACAGUUUCAGAAAACAUGUUGACCAUUUGAAUGUAAUAACUCUUAAUAACCAAAGUUAAAUUGUUGGAGAUUACAUAACUCUUACAAUAGCUCUUACUUGUAGCAUGAAGUACGCACAGUAAAUGAUUAAUUUUUUUAUUCUGCUAUUCAAACCAUGCACAAAAGGGGUGGUACAAAUAAACAACAAUGGGUACUACUAUAAUAGA